CAUUUCAACGAGUGUAACGAAAUAAAAAGUUCUACCUGUGAAUGCCCAAGAGGAAAAAGCAGAUGCUCACACACAGCAGCACUAUAUCUGCACUGCAGAGACAAUAUAAGCAGAACAGAUGUGCCCUGCUUAUGGUCAAAAAGGAAGCCCUUAGAAUUGCAUGAAAACAAUGAGGAAUUGUUUCCUGUAAACAAGAAAUAUCGUCCCUGUGCUCGAGAAAUGAACAACAAAGACACUGAAUGGUUUGUAGACCAGCUAAUUAAAAAUGGUGAAGAAUCAACAACAUUGUGGGCGUUAUCCCCUGAACCACAAGAAGAAAAAUUAAAUAUUCCUAUUAUUGAUGACAUUUUAAAAGAAAAUGAAUUUAAAACAUCUUGUAAUAAACUUGCCUAUUUUAAAAGUAAACUAAUUUUGAAUCUUCAACAAAUAACACAAAUUUCACAAAUUACCAUAGGUCAAGGUAAAAAUGCUUUGUGGCAUACUAUAAGAAAAGGUAGGCUAACAGCAAGCAACUUUGGUUAUGUUCUAAAUGCAAAAAAAAUCACACCAUCACUAUUAGACAAAUUUCUUAAUGCUAAACAUUUAGAUGGUGUUAAGUCAAUAAUGUGGGGAUCAAACAACGAAUUGCAGGCCCUGAACAUUUUUGAAAAUAAAACUGGUCAUAAUGUAAAACAAUGCGGUAUUUUUUUACAUGAAAAUGGACUUUUAGGCGCCACACCUGAUGGAUUGAUAGAGGAAGAUUUUAUUGUUGAAAUAAAAUGCCCAUAUUCUAAGAGAAAUGAAUGUUUUGUUGAAUGUAUAAAGGACAAAAAAUUUUUCUUAGGCAUGAUUGAGGGCAAUAUACACCUAAAAAAAAAUCACAUUUACUAUCACCAAAUCCAAGGUGGCUUACAUAUAACAGGAAGAAAACAAUGUUAUUUAGUUGUAUGGACAUUGAAAGACAUGUUUAUUGAAUUAAUUAAUAAGGAUGAGGGAUGA